GGAGAAAAUUGAUGACUUAGCACGAGUGCGAGAGGAAGUUCUAAGCAGAGGAAUGUAUCUGCCACCAGAAAAGCCAAAGGAAGAACAUUUUGAUAGCAACUGUAUCACCCCAGGUACACCAUUCAUGUUCAAGCUUGCAGAGUGCUUGCGGUAUUAUGUUCAUGACCGCAUCAACAAUGACCCAGGAUGGAAGAAUCUCAAAGUCAUACUCUCAGAUGCCAAUGUGCCAGGAGAAGGAGAACACAAAAUCAUGGAUUACAUUCGUCGGCAGCGAGCUCAACCUGACCAUGACCCUAACACCCAACACUGCCUGUGUGGAGCAGACGCUGACCUGAUCAUGUUGGGUCUGGCCACCCAUGAGCCGAAUUUCACCAUCAUCAGAGAAGAGUUCAAGCCCAACCAGCCAAGGCCAUGUGAUCUUUGUGGACAAAUGGGUCAUGAACUGAAGCAGUGUGAAGGGUUAGCUAAAGAACCAACUGAUGAGUGCAUAUCAAUGCCCGGAAGUGAGCAGCAGUAUAUCUUCGUGAGACUAAGUGUUUUGAGGGAGUAUCUGCAGACGGAGAUUGCCAUGCCAAAUUUGCCAUUUCCGUAUGACUUUGAAAGAGCUCUGGAUGACUGGGUGUUUAUGUGCUUCUUUGUUGGCAAUGAUUUCUUGCCUCAUUUGCCGUCUCUGGAGAUCAGAGAAGGUGCAAUUGACAAACUGGUUGAACUCUACAAAAAAUGUGUCUAUAAAACAGGGGGAUACCUAACGGACAGUGGUGUCGUCAACCUGAGCAGAGUCCAGCUGAUCAUGUCAGAUUUGGGAAAACUAGAGGAUGAAAUUUUCAAGAAAAGACGACAGACAGAGCUUGAUUUUCAAAGAAGAGACAAACAAAAGAAGCAGAGAAUGAAACAACAACAAAAUGCUCAGAGGCCAAAGUGGAUGUUGGGUGGACAAUUUGCUCCUCAGCAAUUGGGACACCAUGCGUCCAGUGUAGUGUCCAAUCCCAGACAGGCGGCCUUUGAAGUCCGUAAACAGAACAUGUCCACGUCCUCAAGGCAGGAUGCAGGGGCCGAACUCAGAUCACUCAUGUACCAGGAGGGCGGAGCUGACCAGCGAGGGCAGAAGAGACCGGCAGAGCAACAAGGAGGACGGGGUGGAGGGGACAGUGACGAGGAACCGGAAGCUCCUGAUAAUGUCAGAUUGUGGGAAGACGGAUGGAAGGACCGAUAUUACAAAUCCAAGUUUGAUGUCGAUGCUGACGACAUUGAGUUUCGCCACACAGUGGCACAACACUACGUCAGAGGCUUGUGCUGGGUGUUGCGCUACUACUACCAGGGCUGUGCAUCGUGGAAAUGGUACUUUCCUUAUCACUAUGCCCCGUUUGCCUCUGAUUUUGUCAACAUUGGAGACCUGCCCAACGACUUUGAGAAGGACACUGUACCGUUCAAGCCCCUGGAGCAGCUCAUGGGAGUGUUCCCGGCCGCAAGUAAGAAGCAUAUUCCUAUCACAUGGCAGACACUGAUGACAGACCCGGAGUCACCAAUAAUAGACUUCUACCCAACAGACUUCAAGAUAGAUUUGAAUGGAAAGAAGUUUGCCUGGCAGGGAGUUGCUCUUUUGCCAUUUGUAGAUGAGACUAGACUGCACAAAGCACUAGAGACAGUCUACCCAGACUUAACCCCACAGGAAAGGAAAAGGAAUACAAAAGGCCAUGACAGACUUUUUAUUGGGCUUCAUCACCCGGCUUAUGCAUUCCUGGAAGGUCUUUAUGAAGGGCGCAGAACUCUAGAGCCAAUCCCAAUAGAUACCAAGCUGACUCAAGGAAUGGCUGGGGAUGUUUGGUGUGAUGAGUACUGUAUACCCAAAAAUGGGGUUGUGCCAACACCUCUGCCCGAUGUGCCAGACAUACACGGCAACACAUGUAUAACAGUGUGCUACCGAGAUCUGAUCUUUGACCCUGAUUUUCUGUUCAAAGCCAAGGUUCUGCCAGGAGCUGUCAUGCCUCCCCCAACUAUCAAGCCUGGAGACUGGAACAACAAGAACCCCAACCAGCGCUACAGACCCCAGCUGGGGUUCCAGCCCAACAGCGGUUACCGUGACAACAAAGAUCCUACUGCAGCUCUCAGGAUGAUCAGGAAUGCAUCUGGAGGUCCAGGGUUAUUGGGCGACCCACUGCAGGACUUGGUUUGCUGGGCGCAGUGCCAGGAAAUUUCAACAAUUUCCAGCAACGAGGUGCCUCAAACAACAGCAAUUUCCAGCGAGGUUUUAACAGUCAAGGUGGUCGCCAAGGCCAGGGCUACGGCAACCAGGGAAGCUACGGCAAUCAGAGCUCUAACUACAGGGGCAGUCAGGGAGGUCAGGACCGAGGGAGACAGCAGCAGCAGCCACAACAGCGAGGUUACAACGACUUCAGCAACCAGUACCGAAGGGACGACAGUGGGUAUCAGUCUUACCCCCCAGGACAAGCAGCUGCUCGUGGUGGAUUCCAGCAUCAGCCGCGG